AUGGAAACAAUUCAACGCAUCAUUCAUCAAUUUCAACAAUAUCGCGUUAUACAAACAAUAUUCGUUGUAUAUUCUGAUGGAAAUACAGCUCAUCAUCUGUCGUCAAUAAUCGAUAAUCUUCAUAUCUUUCAAACUCAAGAAUCAAUGUUUGAACUUUUAGAAAAACGAAUUGAACAAGUUGAGAAACAAAAUUUAAGUGGCGGCUUAUUUACAACUUUCUACCGUACAGAAAAAUCUCUGAAAGAUGUUAAAAAAGAUUUGGCGACAUUUGUUUGGACUCAUGUAUUUAAAGGUUUGUGUUUCGAAAGUGUUUAUCCAAAAACUAUUGCUGUUGUAUAUUUAGUUCUUUUGAUGAGUAUGCCUCGUGGCUCUCUUCAAGCGAAAUAUGAGAUGUUAAGCGAAUGUCGAGCUUAUUAUCAAAAUGAUGUUGUUCAAUUAGCUCAAAUUGAUGAAUUUGAACGCACAUAUCAAUCAAAAGAUGCUAUUCGUUGGUAUACAAAACCUGGAGUCUUGUUUUAUCUUGUUAAUAAAGCUUUACGUAGUCAAGAUAUUUGGGUUAUGUAUAAAUUUCGUUAUUUUAUUGUUGAUUUAUGCUGUUGUUUGGAAGAAGUUUCCAAUUCACAGUCUUUUUCAUCGGUUCGUCUUUAUCGUGGAGCAAAGCUCAAUCGAGACGAACUCGAACAACUGCAAGUUGGUUGCCUUAUAUCAACUAAUGGAUUUUUUUCAUGUUCAUCAGAUCGUAAUGUAGCAGAAAUGUUUAUUAGUAUUGAUCUCAUGACUGAUAGAUCGUCAAGUCACAAUCCAGACGCAUGGCAACAGUUCGUUUUAUUUAUCAUUGAUGUCGAUCGUAGAAUAUCUACGAAUACAGUUGUAGCAGAUGUCAGCUAUGAAAGUGAUUUACCAGAUGAAAACGAAAUGAUUUUUAACUUCGGAUCAACUUUCAUUAUCAAUGAAAUUAGUUUUGAUAACGAUAAGUGCAUAUGGUUGAUUCAAAUGAGUUCAUCUUCGGACAAUAUUCGAAUAAAUGAUGAAUACGAGAAAUAUAUUCAUAUACGUCUUCAACACACCAAUCCGGCUAUGCUGUUCGGUCAUGCUUUAGCUAAUAUAUGCAGUGAUUAUGCUCAAUCAAUGAUUUAUUUCCAUCGUUUACUAAGAACAUUACCUAUAGAUGAUGUCGAACGACCCAAUAUUUAUUAUAAUUUAGGACGUAUUUAUCAAUUUAUUGAGAAAUUCGAAAAAUCUCUUGAUUGUUUUCGAUGUGCUCGAUUACUCAUUUGUCGUCUGUUACCGGAGAGAAUGUUUGAUUAUUGUCGUAUUCUAGGUGGAAUGGGCACUGUGUACUUAUAUUUGGGAGAUUCGGAACGAGCAUUAAAAUUACUCAGACAAGCUUUAGCACUUCACAAGAAAUCAUUCCCAGAAAAUCAUACAGAAAUUCCAUUUCACCUGAAUCGUCUGGGCUAUGGUUAUUUCAAAGCCAAACAAUAUGAUCAUGCACUUUUGAUUCUCAAUAGUGCCGAGAAUUUUUUCCAGAAAAAAAUGCCUGUGGAUCAUCAAGGAUACGCCCAGACUUUGCAUUCAAUGGGUUUAGUUUAUCAUGGUUUUGGUGAUGAUACAAAAGCAUUGAUAUGCUUUCAAGAAGCAUUACGCCAACGACAUUCAUUACUUGGUAAAGAUCAUCCUUAUCUUGCAUCUACUUAUUAUCAACUUAGUCUCAUACAUAAUAAUCGUGCUGAAUAUGAAAUAGCACUUGAUUAUGUUCAAAAAUCUCUAAAUAUCCAAUUAAUAAAAUUGCCACACUCCCAUUCCGAACUAAAACUAUCAAAAGAACUUCUUCGACAUCUUCAGCAACACCAAUAA